GUCAUAACGGAGCUGCCCGGCGCCUAGCACUAUGUGGUACGUAAUUCUUACACCGUAUGUUGCAGCGGCCAACUGCAGCGCGCAGAGCAGCCCGGCGGCCGCUGUGGCAGGGCGGCAUAGAGGCUCUGCGCUACGCUGCAGCGCUGCAGCCGUCGCCAUGGAACCGCGAUCCCCAGCCACCCGCCGGGCCAGAUCUAGCUCGCCAUUGGCGCCUGGUUUUCAGUUGAUCCAUUAGCGCCAUGCACCGUGCGAUGGCGCUAACACGAGGGGCCGCCCUCCCUUCCGCCAGCCACAGCCAGCGUUGUCACGGCAACGCCCUCUGCCCCUCUGUUGUCCCAGCGGCCCUUGCAAGGCGUCGCCGGCAGCUUUUCGUCGGCCAGUCCCUAGUUCCCAGCCACCGGGGAAACGCUGAGAAGCGGACCUCCAGCUGCGUCCAUGCCUUGCUGCAAUCUCGCUUGAUGCAGCAGCCCAAUCCAGCGUCCGCGAUACGCUGCAACACAACACAGCCUUGUUUCCGCCAGACGGCCUCGGUGAGCUGCUCGUUCUCGUACUAGCCUGCCCUGCCUGUGCACAGAGGUACUCAGGGCCUGUACUUGCCUGUACUUGGAUGCUCCCUCGCU